AUACACCUUGACACAAGUUUAAGAUAUAGGUUCGCCUAUUAUAACUUCCUGUUCUGAAACUACUUGAUUUCAAAAUGACACCAAAAAGGAAUUUGGCUCUUCAGUUGAUGUGUUUUUGUUUUUUGUUCUUUGUUGGCAGAACACAAUCCGACCAAUGUCUUCAUUUUGGGAAGAAAUUCUAUGAUUCUACAAAUUGCAAUUGCUCUGAGGUAAACAUAACAUCGAUUGCAAACGGCAGCUAUACCAACCACAAUUGGAACAAUGUAACCUACGUCUGCGAUGAUGGAUACACUAUAGAUGGAAAUGAAACACUGUUUUGUGAAAAAAAGAAUAGCCAACUACAAUGGCAUGUCGAUCCACCACGCUGCAAAUCAGAAGCAACAACACCAACAGGAGCAGCAACAACACCAACAGGAUCAGUAGCAGCAACAACAACAACAGGAGCAGCAGCAGCAACAACAACAACAACAACAACAACAACGCCACCACCAACACCACCGCCUGGAUCAACAAAUACAGAGCAGUUAUCAACAACAAGCGGUGCGUGGAACGAAUUAUCUUCAGGCGCUUCGAAAUCAUCAUCAACUAUAUCUGAUAACCCGAUUUCAACAAAUAUUUCAGACAAAUCCAAUAUUUCCACGACAACAUCAUUAAAAUCAACUGCAUUGUCAAGCUUGGUUUCAACCGACACAAAGACAAUUGCAACACAGACAGAACAACCACAAUUUUCGAAAGGUUCCUUUCCUACCCUGGGAUCGGUUGGUAUUGCUGUAGGCGUCUUGAUAAUUGUUGUAGCCUUUAUCGUUGGCCUGAUAAUAGUGAGACGGAAACAGAAACACAGAGGUGGUAACUUAUUUGGGAAGAAACAGUCUGAUUAUCUUUGUAGUAACAUUCAUUCAAACGCAGCGUAUGCUCCUCAUGCAACGUCUGUCGACAACGAAUCAGUCACUUCUAAGGACAGUGGCCUUGGCAAACACGAUGAGUCUGGAGAAGAGGAACCAAUGGAUGGCGAAUACAACACCAUUAUGGUGCACUAUCCUGAUGUAAAUCAGCAAAUAGAAAACACUUACAAUCACAUGGACGAGUCUCCUUCUGCUGAUUCGACGUAUUCGCACAUUCCGAACUCUAAAGAUGCGUUGUUCGACAAUACUUACUCUCACGUGGCAAAUGACAAACCUUUGAAGGCUUUGGAACCCAAUGACACCGAUACAACUUAUAACCACUUGGGAGACUCUUCUUGUAGUAAACAAAAAAACAAAAAAGAAGAAACUUACAAUGACACAUACAACCAUACCCAAAUUAAUCCUGGUUGUCCGAAGACAGACCCGGAUGAUCAGGAUGAUAACUAUUCACACAUUAAUCAGCAAGAAUCAAACGCUGGCAAAAAACAAGCUGAUGUGCAGGACCCAACAAAAGCAACUACCGUUUAUGAUAAAAUGAAUGAGUUUACGAAGAUCGCUGCAGGACGAACGAAACAGUACGAUGAAUCUGUCAAUAGUUCUAUGACGAAUGCAGAGGGUGUGAACAACGCUGAAAGUCAUACUUAUUUUGAUUUGGAGUCGAAUGCUUACCAGCGUCCAAAACAAGCACCAUACGACUACGCAGUAGUAGCAAUGCCAGAGAAGGAUCGCACAGAGUUCAAGGUUGUUGACUCCCCGACAGAUCCACCACAUGAGUACUUUGUCAUUGAGCCAGAGUUCAAGGUUGUUGACCCUCCAACUGAUACACCGCAUGAGUACUUUGUCAUUGAGCCAGAGUUCAAGGUUGUGGACCCUCCAACUGAUACACCACAUGAAUACUUUGUCAUUGAGCCUACGACUGAGCUGUAACAGUUCAAGUAUGAAUGUUACUCUAAGAAAGUACAAUACAAACGAAGGUUUGAACAGUGGACAUAUGCCAUCAAAGACAAGUAUCACUACUUCACGGGUUAUCACAAAAACGAAAGCACUUACCAUAACAAUAAAUGGGAUGUAUCGCAUGUGUGAAACCAGUUAUGUCUCAUGACUCUCGUAACUGGUGUGAACUUGAUCUUGAAUAUUUUAACAUUUGUCAAAUACGUAUUUUAUUCCAUUGUAUAUGGUUUUAAUUUAAUAUGUUUGUUUGUUUUUUUGCUCUGCGAUUGUGAUAUGGAACGGUGCAGAUAAGGAAAAAACCGGAUUGGUACUUCAUGUAAGAGAAUGGGAUGAGAGCUAUUGACAUAAAUGACGCGAUUACCCUCCAGAACAUUGUUUGAUUUUGACACUUAUAUAUUAACUAUACCAGGUUUACCGCUCUGAAAAGUGAAAAACGAAUAUAAAUAUGAAAGACAGGAAAGACACUUUAAAUUGGGGCUAAUUGUUAUAUAUAUAUUGAUGCUACGGCAAAGUUUGUCGUUCGAUUAAUAUUUUAAUGAUUUAUGUAUCUAACAAAUUGUUAUAUACUGUACUUAUAUUAUAUUGCCCUUUUGUGGUAGGCUUCACUAUAUAUUUACGAUAUGUAAAUAAACUAUAAACAUUUUUCAAAUAAAGCAUUAGUAACAAAUACGUGUAUAAGACUUAUUGGGUUUAAAAGUGUAGGUGUUUAAAUAUGCUGCACGAGGGUAAUAUAUAGGGGAUAUUAUGAUAGGCCUAUUUAAUUAUUCCUUUUUAUUUUUCGGUUUCAAUUUGAUUUAAAUUUACCGCCAUCUGUCAAAUGCGCCUAUGAAUUCGAAUGUGUUACGUAGUUUUGUGUAAUGAAGUCAAGGG